AUGUCAGGUAAAUCUACCCCAAAAUUUUCCAAGAAGACAAAAGCGAAACGUUCAGGGCAAUGUAAGAAUGCGGUAAAAACUAAAAUUGUAAUUCGUCGGCUACCUCCUUUGCUGCCGGAAAGCUUGUUUUUGGAUUCUGUUAAACAAUGGGCUAAUGAAGAAACCACCGACUAUUAUCGUUUUCACCAGGGGAGAAUAAGUAAAAGUAAGAACAAAGAGAGUGUAUUUUCACGUGCAUAUUUUCAUUUCAAAACCGUUGAACAAGUCUUGGAAUUUCAUCGCGCUUACGAUAAUCAUUUGUUUAUUGAUAAAAAUGGGAUGGAAAAUAGAGCCGUGGUUGAAUUCGCAGUUUACCAAAAAUUACCAAAAGAACACAAGAAACCCGAUCCAAGACAAGGAACUAUCGAAUCUGAUCCGAGUUACCUUGCGUUCCUCGAUUCUUUGAAAGCUGAAGAGUCUCAACAAGCCAGUUCGAAAGAACCAGGUGCUGCGUUGGAAGGUGGCGCUACACAAUUGGAAAGAUUGGAGACUCGAUUAGCUUUGGCCGCCGCGAGCUCAGCUUCCAACGCAGUGGAAAAACCAACAUCUACACCUCUCCUCGAUCAUUUACGUGCUCAAAAAUUAAUUGCAAAGUCAAAAUCACCGCCACCAAAACAAUCACAAUUGUCCAUUCUUUCUCCUCCUGGAUCACCCGCAAAAGGAUCCGGACCUAAAUCUAAACAAAUUCGGGGAGCACAAAAUUCAGAAGUUGCAUCUCCCAGUUCCAGCCCUAACAAACCCACUAGAAGAGAGCGUGAACGAAAGAGACGAGAAAGGGAAAAGGAAAAAAAAGAGAAGGAAAAGAUCAAAAAUAAGGAAGGAAAACCUACUGACGUUGAUACGAACCGGGGAGAGGAAGGUGUAGAAGAAAAUGAACAAGAAAGAAACAAGGAACCGUCAGACCAAAAUAAAGAUAGGGAGAGUUAUCGUGAAAGAAUGAGAGAGAAGAAAAGGGAAAAGGAAAGGCAGAGGAUGAAAGAAAAAGAUAAACAAAAGUCUUCAUCGGAAACAGCAAAAGGUGAAACACCCAUAAUCACUAUUUUAACAAAAUCACAAACACCCGAAGACGCAAAGUUGGACGCCAAGGAGAAAGAAGCUAAAAGAAACGCACCAUUCAAAAUUUCAAUUCAACAGCGUCAGAAAGAUCAAAUUCGACAAAUUAUUCAACGUCCUACGAGCUCUUCGAUUAAAAAAGAAGUUGAUCCGACAGAUAAACCUGCAGAAACGCCUGUUAGGGAGUCGACUGUAACACCGUCAGAAAAUUCUCCCGAAACUGCAAGUACAUCAACUAUAGCACCUAAAGAACAUACUCACAACCGUCGUCGUGAGAGAGAUCGAAACAGAAGACAAAGUGCAAGUGCCAAACAACCCGUUCAGAUUCAAAUAUUGACAAAGCCUCAGUCUAAGGAUAUCUCCACUGAAGAUAAUGCAAAAACCCCUAAUGAAUCUCCAUCAGUUGCUUUAACUCCAGACCCAGAAGCUACGGGUCAAUCAAAUAACCCGAACACACAGUCAUCGCCGGUUGCCGGUAACAUGCCACCCCCGUCGCGAAAGAAUGGGAGAGGUUAUUUCUCAAAACGAGGCAGAUGGUAA